GGCCAGCCGGCCGCGCGCCGCGAAGAAGAUCCCCGCGGCAUGACGGGGGAGGAGGCGGUGACCGCGGUGGCGAUGCCCGAGGCGGGCCGCGACGGCGAGCAGUCUCGGCCGCCCGCAGGCCUGGGGUGCGGGGCGCGCGGGGAGACCGGAGGCCGCGGCCCCCAAGAGUCCCGGAAGCAAUGGAAGAAAUUUUUAUAUUGUGAGCCACAUAAGAUAAUUAAGGAAGUACUGGAUGAAGAACUUUAUAUUAAGAGAGAUGAAUGCCACAUUAAACAUCCACCUGCAGUGGCCCUGGAAGGGAUUUGGAGCAUUAAAAGGAAUCUCCCUGUGGGAGGCUUGAAGCCAGGACUGCCGAGCAGAAACAGUUUACUGCCACAAGCCAAGUACUAUUCGAGGCACGGAGGGCUACAAAGAUAAGAUGAACAAUUUUUCCACUGAGAAGAAACCUCUUUCUCCUGAUGUCUGAAAAAACGGAAGAAACCCAGGCUUGUUUCACGGUUGAGAUGUGUUUAAAAAAAUGUAUAUUAGCCUGUAAUUCCUAUUAUUGAUAUUAGUUCCUAUCUAUAAAUUAAUCCAAAGCAAUGAAAGACGAUUGGUAAAGUUUUGCUAAGCACCUGAAAGCAAUGGAGGAAAAUAUAUUGAUUUUUAGUUAUCACAGUUGGGAUACACUGGGCUUCUAUUUCAGCUUAUUUUAUUAAGUAUGUCAAAUAUGAUAA